CCCUUCUGAGAAUACUUUUGUCUCCGACAGUCGCAACAGUAGCUGCCGCCUGCCGAGGUUCGUGGUAGGCAGCUAUUGCACCGCCUUGCUACCGGCUCGAAGAUGACAGCCUGCGGAAGAAAGAAAUUGUUUUCCACGUUUGUUGUACUAUCGAUGCUGGCCAAAUUGUGUCAUGCCUCAAAGAUAUUGGUGGUGGUUCCAACGGCGUCCAUCAGCCACCAGAAGCCUUUCCACAUCUUAACUAAAGCUCUGCUUCAGAGAGGACAUGAAGUCACACUCUUCACCACAAAUCCACUCACGAUUUCUCACGAGAACCUUACGGAAGUCGACGUGUCUGUGGGAUACAAAAUACACGGCGAGUUAGACUUCGUUUCAAUGGCGUCACAAUCACCUCUGGAGAACAUUCCAUUCGUUCGACAUUACGCAAAAACAAUAGUUCCAGUGGAGCUCAGCGAUCCCGCGGUACAGGACUUCAUCAGGAGGAACCACACCUUCGACGUAGUCAUCAUGGAAUGGAUAGCUUACCAAGGCUACUACGGACUGGUACACAGAGUCGGUUCCCCGCCUCUCAUAGGCAUGAUCACACUGUCGGCGUUUUCGCCUGUGUACUAUUCAAUGGGAAAUCCCAUGAACCCUGCAUACAUACCCGAUGUAUGGGUGGGAUUCUCGGACCACAUGACCUUCUGGGAACGCGCGUACAACGCGCUCUUCUACCUCAGAUGCUAUUUGCUGUGGUACUGGGAAAAUUUGCCAGAGCAGGAGGUCUUCAUGAGACAGUACUUCGGUCCUGAACCACCUUCGGUGUACGAGACGGAACGCAACUUCAGCCUCCUCAUCAUAAACAACCACUUUACUAUGGAGUACCCUCGUCCGCACUUGCCCAACGUCAUAGAGAUCACCGGUGUUCACGUAGAGACGCAGACCAAGCCACUGCCAAAGCGCAUCCGGGAGUUUAUGGACGGGGCAGAACACGGAGUGAUCUACUUCAGUCUGGGCUCCAAUGUCAAAAGCAGCGCUUUGCCGUGGGAGAAGGCCAAGGCCUUCCUGGAUGCCUUCCGGGAGCUGCCACAGCGCGUCCUCUGGAAAUGGGAGAAUAAAUCGCUGCCUGGACAGCCACAUAACGUGAUGGUCAGCAAGUGGCUGCCGCAGCAGGAUGUUCUCGCUCACCCUAAGGUGGUCCUGUUCGUCAUGCAGGGAGGGCUCCAGAGCAUGAACGAGGCCACUUACCACGGUGUCCCGUUCCUCGUGAUCCCAUUCUUCUCUGACCAGGCGCACAAUGCCGCCAAGAUACAGCAGGCGGAGCUUGGCCUCAGGUUGCAGUUCCAUGACGUUACAAAGGAUACUGUGUUACACAGUAUACGUGCUGUUUUGCAGGAUUCAAAGUACAGAGAGAACAUGAAGACUUUGUCAUCGAUAUUUCGCGAGCACCAAGCAGACUCUGUGGAGCGCGCCGUGUGGUGGGUGGAGUACGUGAUACGUCACAAGGGGGCCCCGCACAUGCGCAGUGCAGCCCUCGAUCUGCACUGGUGGCAGCAGAUGCUGCUCGACGUCGUUGCCUUCAUGCUGCUCGCAGUGAUUGUGACUGGUGGCGCCAUCUUGUAUCUGGUUCGCCGAUUAUUUGUCAUGCUGAGAAGCAGUAAGCUGAAGCAGAAGAAAAGUUAAUGUGUACUCAGUGCAGUGAGAAGUACACUUUAAGGCGAACUCGUUGUCCACAUACACUGGUACUGAGAAUCAAGGACAUGUACAUAUACCAUUGUUUGGGACGUAUUCUCUAAAAUCGUUUACAUGAUUAUGGCUCUCGUUCUGACUAAGCACUUGAGGCACAGUCCACUACACCUAUUAUCUACCACAUAUGUCAGUACACAAGCAAGCUGUUCAACUGGAGAUAUGGGCGUCAGUAUUGACAAACACUACUGGGUGUACAACACAAAAAUUAACAAAAAUAUAAAAAGUUUCGAACUGAAGUUGACAUAGCAGGCUAGCAGUAAGAACUAAGAUCGAUUUACUUGGACAAAUGUGAAAAUAUAUGUACAUCUGUCUAUCAAUUUGAUUUGUUUUAUUGCAUGGAGAAACAAAUUCUGUAAUAAUUUAAUUUUUACUAAGUAAAAUAAUACUUUCCUUUGUUAAUGUAAUUUUGUUAUUCACUAAAUCUAGUUAAGUUUUGUCAUAUUUUUUGCUGCAUUUUAAUGACAUGAAGCAAGAGAUCAAAUGAUCAAUCAUUAUGGCAGUUUUCUAAUAUAGAAUUCUCAGUUGGUAACUAGAAUACUAAAAGCCAUGCUGUAACAUCAACUCAUAUUCAUCAUCUCAUUCAUAUGAUUUGUAAUAUUACUAUUAUUUACGAUUACAAGGCAGCUUAUUGCAAACUUAUACUUACAGGCAGACGUUUAUUAAUUGUUGUUGCGGUCACACCCACGCAUAAACUGUGGAAUUUCUGGUAAAGGACAUGAUCUCUGCACCUAAAAUGAGUAUUAGUAACUGAGGUAGUCAACUAUGUGAGGAUUUCCUUCUUCACUGUAUUUAUAUUGAGAUGUGUGGGCGAAUAUACACAACAUAAAAAGAUA